UGUUCUCCGACUCCCUUGUACCUCUCCUAUGGAGGGUACUCGUAAUACCCUGCGUUGAUUAGAAUUUUCCCCCCUUAUCUUUUUUUUUUUUCCUUUCGGUUCUCUACGCCACCGCCAGAUUCCCUUAUUUGGAGGUUCGCGACUACUUUUUGAGUACUUUUGUUUGUUCUCUUCUUUCUUUUCACACACACACACACACACCCACCCAAACUCACUCACUUAUUUGGUUUUUACUCUGUUACUAGAAUCAAUUAGAGCAUUAGAUUUGCUGUUUUCAAGAUCCCUCUCUUUGUUGCCUUUUUGCUUGACAAACAAUCCCAAAAAAGCUUUACAAGAUCGAUAGACAAAAGAUUCAAGACAAAGACAAGACAACAUCACAUCUCGCUCUCUCCAGAGAAGUAAGUUCCAAACAAGGAAAACCAAAAGAUUCAAAAUCGUACACACACACACACGCGCGCGCGCAAACAAACAACAACAAACCACAAAAAUGUCUCACUUCACUUUGACCACCUUCCUCGCCACCACGGCCACCGCACUCGCUCCGUUUGUCAUUGUUUACAACAUGCCUCAGACCACCAACAAAACUCACCAAUUGACCACCUCCUCAAGUCUACCAAAACCGAGACCACUGGCCACUUUGAGGGAGGUCAAGGAACAACAAGGAAAGACCGAGUUCAAUCUCAUCUAACCUCACUCCGUACUUCAAACACCGUGUCACGUACCACUCAGAGACAAUACAUCGUCGCCCCGCCUUGCGCGAUGCGGUGCGAUGAGAUGUGAUACACAAUACAACAACAACAACAACAACGACGACGACGAUGAUGACGAUGAUGGAUGAGAAAGACGAUGGGAUGGGUCGCUGGGCUGCUGUGUUUCAAGAAGUGUUGAUGUCGGGUUUCCAUCUCACAAAAUGGUAAAUCCUGUUGAAGGAGCGUCACAGGAGACAACAAUAAACGUCAGGAAUAUGGGUUUCGUUAUGGUAUGGGAGUCAAAAUAUCUACCCCUUUUGGGUGGUAAUACGGAGUAUGGAAGAUUCUCUCUUUUCAAUCCGAUUCACUAGACUACCUAGAGAAUACAUUUCUUUUCAAGAUCAUAUCAAGA